AUGGCCGGGCCUACCCCCAGCUCCCCGCAGAGCUUUGCACGAAUUCUCCAGACAUGCGAUAACUUCCGAUUGAACCUCACAGAUCCUGCGGCAGAGCAUCUAGUGACUUGGCGCCUGAUCUCGGACCCAGAGUCUCCUGCAAUCGGUCUUCUUCGACCACCCAUUGUUCAGCAGUUGCUACACGAAAUAGAGGGAACCAAGGAUGGCUCUGCAUGGGAGGUUCAAGAUCACGACGGCAAGCAGGUCAUCAGCUUUGCGUCUCACGUUAACACAUCCGCCGCUCGGUCGCGUGUGAUGAAGGAACUGUGCGAGCGCUGGCGAGACGAGGGUCUCUGGUCAGACGUGGUUGGCCCUAAGAAAUGGCGCGGGGAGAUGUAUCCCAUCUAUCGAAAUCCAUUUGGCCCACACGAUGCACCAAGUGAAGCCGAGGAAUUCGCGACGGCCGCAACGGUCGGCUCGACGAGCGCGGUGCAGGACUCGGAAGAUAGACGGAACUACGCGUUCAUGAUGGAACGUGCAGCGUGUGCGCUAUUCGGCGUGGUCACCUACGGAGUCCAUAUGACAGUGUACGAGGAGGAUCCAGACGAACUCGGUUUGCCGAAGUCAUGCAGGAUGUGGAUUCCAACUCGUUCCAAGAGCAAGCAGACUUGGCCGAGAUGGCUGGACAACUCGGUCGCGGGAGGCAUUCCAUCCGGCCUGGGCGCAUUUGAGAGUCUGGUCAAGGAGUCAAUGGAAGAGGCCAGCAUCGAGGAAGCCAUCGUGCGGAGGCAUGCACGUACAGUUGGCAGCGUGAGCUAUUUUUUCAAAACCCCUCUCGGAUGGCUGCAACCAGAAGUCGAAUAUGUCUACGACCUGCGAAUCCCGCCAGGUGUAGAUCCUACGCCAUUCCGUCCCAAGCCUCUCGAUGGCGAGGUAGAAGCAUUUGAGUUACUUCCCCUAGAAGACGUGAUCACGCGUAUGCGUUCGGGUCUAUUCAAGCCUAACACAGCCCUUGUGAUUCUGGAUUUCAUGAUCCGACAUGGUUAUAUGACGGUGGAGAACGAGCCAGACUAUCAGGAGAUCGUGACGAGAUUACAUGGUCGUUUCGAGUAUGACCAGUGGUAG